AUGCCUGGAGACAUGGGAGAUACAAUACCUGGAGGAAUAGUAGCUGCCGCAAAGAACCGUCUGCAGGUGGUGAAGGGCCUGGAGGAUGUGGAGGUGUCUGAGUGUGAGAGCUGCUCCUUCGAAGUGACCCUGAACCUGGCCUUCAUCGAGGGCGUCUGGUCCAGAGAUGACAUGCAGCUAAAGUCCAAACCCAACUGGCGCAUCAGCACACAUGGGAAGAAACACUCGCUGGUGCUGAGCCGCGUGGCUUUAGGAGACGCAGGCUUUUUCUCUUUUGAGGCCAACGGCAUUCAGACUGCAGGCAGACUCAGUGUCACAGCUAGGGACAUCCACAUAGUGAAGGAGCUGGAGGAUGUUGACACGAUGGAGCGUCAACCUGUGAACUUCCUGUGUGAGGUCAACCAGGAGGAUUUGGAUGGUCGGUGGUACAGAGACGACUGCCGAAUCCGACCUGGGGACAACGUCAAGACCAAUCACCACGGUAAAACUCACACCCUGUUCUUCAAGUCAGUCCGACCAGAGCAUGCUGGAGAGAUCAAAUUCACUGCCGAGCGAGUCUCAUCCUAUGCGACUCUCACAGUCAAAGAGCUCCCAGUCGUGAUAGUGCGUCCUCUGAGAGUCAAGAUAGCCAUGUAUCGGCACCGGGGUCUGCUGGAGUGCCAGGUGUCCCGGCCCAAUGCUCAGGUCCGGUGGUACAAGAACAGGAAGGAGCUCGUUUCCAGCAGGAAAUACCAACUGAUCAGCCAGGAUGUCUACCGGCAGCUGACCAUCGACGACGUCUGCUCUUCAGACGAAGACACCUACACCUGUGAUGCAGGAGACGACAAAACCUCCUGUCAGCUGCUGGUGGAGGAGCAGGCGAUCAGCAUAGUGCGGGGGAUGAGCUCCGUGGAGGUGAUGGAGCCGGAGCCCGCGCUGUUCCAGGUGGAGACCAGCCUGAAGUCAGGGAGGCCCCCCCGAUGGACCCUGAACGGGGAGGUGCUGGAGGCGUGUUCAGCCGUGAACAUCGACAGGCAGGGCACCGUGCACAGCCUCUGCCUCACCUCCACACAGAGCUCCAUGUCGGGCCCCGUGCUCUUUGCAGCCGGCAAGAGUCGCUCCACAGCGCAGCUUAAAGUCAACGAGCGUCCUCUUGAGGUUGCCCACCCCCUGGAGGAUGUGGAGGCGAAGGAGAAGAGCUCUGUGACUCUGAGCUGUGCGUUUGCUCCGUCUCCCCGGGUGGUGCGCUGGUUUAAAGGCCGCACGGCUCUGAAGACCUCCAACAAGUACAGCAUGAAGAGAGAAGGGAAACGAGCGCACCUGACCAUUCAUGGUUUAACAGGGAUAGAUGCAGGACAGUACCGCUGCAUGGCCGGGGGCUCACAGAGCACAGCGCAUCUUAAAGUGGAAGUGCGUACGCUGAAGCUGGUAAAACACCUCGAGCCGGUGGAAAUCGAGGAGGAGGGCAACGCCACGUUCUCCUGUGAGCUGAACUACGUGGUUGCUAACGUGGAGUGGCUCCUCAACAACGUGCGCCUCUACUGCAACGCCAUCAACAGGAUCCAGCACAUGGGCACGAUGCACAGCCUCACUAUCAAGAAAGUGCGGCCACAGGAGAGCAGGGUCACCUUCAAAACAGGCCUCCUCUCGGAGACUACCACCUUAAAUGUCAAAGAGCGCCCAGCCGUGUUCCUGAGGUCUCUGGAGGAUGUAGUAGGAGAAGAGCAAGGGGAGGUCUGUCUGCAGUGCGAAAUUUCCAAAGAUACGGUGACCCCUGUGUGGAGGAAAGAUGGUACAGUCCUGACCGCUGAUGAUAAACACGAGUUACUCCAGUUUGGGAAAUCCAUGGCAAUGAUCAUCCACUCCCUGAGCAAGGAGGACGCUGGACAGUACACCUGUGAUCUGGGAACCAGCCAGACCAAGGCCAAAGUUACUGUGCAUGACUUACACAUCUCUAUUGUUCAACGCAUGAAGACAACAUCUGUUCUGGAAGGCGAAAUCUGCACCUUUGAAUGCAACCUCUCUCAUAAUGUCGAUGAAGAACCUUUCUGGACCAUUAAUGGCCAGGUGGUGGUAACCGACAGCCGACUCCAGGUUAUCAACAAUGGUCGUAACUAUAAGAUGACCAUAAGAGAUGCUAUGCUAACGGAUGCUGGCGACGUGGUCUUCACAAUUAAGGAUCUAAGCUGUAGGACCAUGCUCUUCGUUAAAGAGAAGCCAGUGCACAUCUUCAGGGACCUGCUGAACGUCAAAGCGGUACCGGGCGAGGACGCAGAGCUGAGCUGUGAGAUCACCAAACCAGAAGCCACCAUACGUUGGCUGAAAAAUGGCCACUUCAUCCGACCGAGCCCCAAGUAUGAGAUGAGUGUAGAGAAGAACUUGGCACGAUUGGUGAUUAAGAACACCACCAUCAACGACUCUGGAGAGUACUGCUGUGAGGCCGACGGCAUCGCCACACGGGCCAAGCUGGACAUCAGAGAACUCCAGCACACAUUUGCGAGGGAGUUGAGGGAAACACGAGCCGAGGAAAAGGGCAAAGUGACUCUGGACUGUGAGACCAGGCAGCCGGCCAAGCUGGUGACCUGGCUGAAGGGCAUGGUGGAGCUGAGGUCCGGCAGGAAGUACGUCAUCAGGCAGAAAGGCGUAUUACUGUCUCUGACCAUCACCUGUCUGGAGAAGUCGGACAUGGAUGUUUACACGUGUGACGUCGGUACCAUGCAGAGCCGAGCACAGCUGACUGUGCAGGGUCAAAAGGUGUUGAUCCUGGAUGAAUUGGAGGAUGUUGAGUGUCUGGAAAGCGACACAGUCACGUUCAGGUGUCGAAUUUGUCCCAGUGACUACAUCGGGGUCAAAUGGUAUCUGGACGAGACUCUGCUGUACACCAAUGACCUCAACGAGAUCCAGAUGGUGCCCGGAGGAUACCACACCCUCACAUUUAGACAACUCGCCCGCAAAGACACUGGCACCAUCUCGUUUGCAGCGGGGGACAAAAGAUCGUACGCCUCGCUGUUGGUUAGAGAGAGGCGUCCAACCCUUAUUAAAGCGCUGGAAGACUGUGAGGCAAUUGAAGGAGGGGGGUUGGUUUUAUCUUGUAUGGCCUCCAAGCCGUGUCACAUCCUGUGGUACAAAGAUGGCUGCCUGAUGUGGAACUCCUCGAGAUACGCCGCCAGUCGUUCAGGCUGCGAAGCACGACUGACGAUUCGGGAGGUCUGCAACAGCGAUGCCGGGGUCUAUGAGUGCAGCGCUGGAUCUGUCACCACCAGGGCUGUCGUCACGGUCAGAGCCAUCCCAGCAGAGUUCACCCAGGGUCUGGAGCCUGUGGAGGCCAGAGAGGGGGAGACGGUGACCCUGAGCUGUGAGUACUCGCUGCCUGGGGUCCCGUUCCACUGGAAGAGAGGCGUAGAGAGCCUCAGGCCUUCAGACCGGGUCCUGGUGAAACAGAAGAAGACCCUCAUCACCCUCACCAUCAAAGCCCUGAGGCCUGCAGACUCAGGAGAAUACACCUGUCAGUGCAGAGACCACCGCACCACGGCCAGCCUCAAAGUCCAGGCCAUCCCCAUCACAUUCGUCCAGCAGCUGAAGAGCAUGCAGGCGGAGGAGGGGAACAACGUGCUGCUGCGCUGUGAGCUGUCUAAACCUGGAGUGCUUGUGGAGUGGAACAAAGGACACGAGCUGCUGAAGAACGGAGUGAAACACCAGAUGAAGAGGAGGGACACCAUGCUGGAGCUGCUCAUAUGGAAACCUGUUCCUGAGGACAGCGGGCUCUACAGCUGCGUGUGUGCCGACCAGAGGACGUCCACCACCGUCAAAAUCAACGCUCUGCCGGUCACCUUUAAGCAGAAGCUGAGGAGCGUGGCGGUGGAGGAGGGAGGAACGGCGGCUCUGCGCUGCGAACUGUCCAAACCCGUUCCCUUUGUGGAGUGGAGGAGACGAGGCAGCGAGGUGCUGACCCACGGAGAGAAGUACCACCUGAGGCAGAGAGACGUCCUGAUGGAGCUCAGGAUCUUUGAUGUGACGCCGGAGGACAGCGACAUCUACACCUGCAUCUGUGGAGACAUCGAGAGCACCGCCACGCUCACCGUCAACAUUCUCCCCGUGACCUUCAGGCAGAAGCUGAGGAACGUGCAGGUGGAGGAGGGUCAGAGCGUGUCUCUGAGCUGUGAGCUCUCUAAGGCGGGGGUCUCGGUGCAGUGGAGGCUGGCUGGAGAUCUGCUGCAGAGCGGGGAGAAGUUCCAGAUGAAGCAGCGCGAGGCCUGCGUGGAGCUGACCAUCAGAGAGGCCGAGCCCGAGGACAGUGGCGUCUACAGCUGCGUGUGCAGAGAGCAGAAGACAAAGGCCACCGUCAAGGUCAUCGCGGUUCCCGCCACAUUCAGAGUGAGUCUGAAGGGUGUGGAGGCGGAGGAGGGCAGCAGUGUGACUCUUCGCUGCGAGCUGUCCAAGAAAGGCGUCCCGGUGCAGUGGCAGAGAGACGCUGAGCUGCUGUCAGAGCUCACAGGUCGAGGGAAGUUUCAGAUGAACCUGGAGGGGAAGGUGGCUCAGCUGACUGUCCUCCACGUGCAGCCAGAGGACGCAGGGAGGUACAGCUGCUCCACAGGAGAGGAGAAGACCUGCGCCGAGCUCAGAGUCAAACCUCUUCCGGUGACGUUCAAGCGAGAGCUCGCGCUCCUGGAGGUGAAGGAGGGGGACGGAGGGGUCUUCUGCUGCGAGAUCUCCAAACCUGGAGCUCCUGUGGAGUGGAAGAAAGGCCGAACUUCUCUCAAACCUGGAGACAAAUACGAGAUGAAGCAGGAGGGACCUUUCACUAAACUCAUCAUCAACAGCGUGGAGGAGAGCGAUGCUGGGAAAUACACCUGCAAGACCAAAGACAGCCAAUCCACCGCUGAGCUUACCGUCAGAGGUUCACCACCGAGCUUUAAGAUGCCGUUGGUGAGUCAGGAGGAGACGGAGGGGAACUCUGUGGUUCUUCGCUGUGAACUCAACAAACCCGCCUCCUGUGUGGAGUGGAGGAGAGGAGGGGAGUUGCUGAGGAACGGAGACAAAUACCAGAUGAAGAAGAAGGAGCUGCAGGUGGAGAUGAAGAUCUGUGACAUCACUCUGGACGACGCUGGAGAUUAUAUCUGUUCAUGUGGAGAACAGAGCACCACAGCUAGGAUCUCUGUGAACGAGCGGCCCGUCAGGUUCCUGCAGGAUCUGAAGAACGUGCAGGUCCAGGAGGGGAACGUAGUGACGCUCAGCUGCGAGGUCUCUAAGGUCUCUCAGGUGCAGUGGAGCAGGGGGGCCACGCUGCUGACCCCCGGGGGGGAGAAACACCUGAUGAAGCAGAGCGGAUCCACCCUGGAGCUCCACAUCAGGAAGAGCCAGCCGGAGGACAGCGGCUCCUACAGCUGUGUGUGUGGAGAGGCCCGAACCACAGCUACUGUCAUCAUCACCGCCAUCCCGGUGACUUUCAAGCAGAAGUUGAAGAACCAGGAGGCGGUUGAGGAGGGCGCUGUGACGCUGCGCUGCGAGCUUUCUAAAGCCGGCGUCCCUGUGGAGUGGAGGAGAGACGCUCAGCUGCUGAAGGAGGGGGAGAAGUAUCUGAUGAAGCAGGAAGGCCGGAUCGCUGAGAUGCAGAUCAGAAACCUAAAACUCACAGAUCUGGGAGAGUACAGCUGCUCUGUGGGCACUGCUGUGACCUCCGCCGACAUCAAAGUCAGAGAAAUCCCUGUCACCUUUAAAGAAGAGCUGGAGGAUGUGGAGGUGAAGGAGGGGGACAGCGGGGCGUUCUGCUGCCAGAUCUCCAAACCUGGAGCUCCGGUGGACUGGAGGAAGGGAAGAGUCGUCCUCAAACCUGGAUAUAAAUACGAGAUGAAGCAGGAGGGACGUCUCACUAAACUAAUCAUCAACAACAUGGAGGAGAGCGAUGCUGGGAAAUACACCUGCAAGACCAAAGACAGCCAAUCCACCGCUGAGCUCACCGUCAGAGCUCCUCCCAUCACCUUCAAGACGAAGCUGAGGGCCCAGCAGGUGGAGGAGGAGAACAGCGUGACUUUGAGCUGUGAGCUUUCUAAACCCGGCCUCACUGUGGAGUGGAGGAAAGAUCAGGAGCUUCUGAAGAACGAUUUCAAAUACCAGAUCAAAAACAGAAACAGCAGCAUGGAGCUGACCAUCAAAAACUCCCAGCUGCAGGACAGCGGCCUCUACAGCUGCUCGUACGGAGACACCAAGACCAGCGCCAACGUCACCAUCACACCUAUCCCGCUCUCCUUUAAGACGGGUCUGAAGAACCAGGAGGCCCCUGAGGGAGGAAACGUGUCCCUGCGCUGCGAGCUGUCGCGGGAGGGGGUCCCGGUGCAGUGGUGGAAGGCGGAGGAUCAGCUCCAGCAGGGGGGCAGGUACCAGAUGACCCUGAGGGGGAAAACCGCAGAGAUGCACAUCAGAAACGUCCAGCCGGAGGACGUGGGGGAGUACAGCUGCGUGUUCGGGGAGCAGAAGACCACGGCCGAGGUCAGCGUCAGAGAGCUUCCUCCUUUCUUCCAAGAGGAAUUACAGAGUGUGGAGGCUGAGGAGGGAGGAUCAGCCUCUCUGUACUGUGAGCUGUCCAAACUUGGAGUCCCGAUUCAAUGGAUGAAGAACAGGCUGCCACUGAGAGGCAGCAGGAAGUAUGAUAUCAGGCAAGAUGGCUGCCUCCUUCAGCUGCACAUCAAGGAUCUCAAACCUGAAGACAGCGGCAGCUACACAUGUCAAGCAGGGAGUGCAGAAACCACUGUGACUGUGACAGUGAAAGAGCUGCCUCCAUUCUUCAAGAAAGAAUUAAAGCGUGCAGAAGCUGAUGAGGGCGGAUCAGCCUCUCUGUGUUGUGAGCUGUCUAAACCUGGAGUGUCAGUGCAAUGGAAGAAGAACAGGCUGCCACUGAGAGCUAACAGGAAGUACGAGAUGAAACAAGAUGGCUGCCUCCUGCAGCUGAACAUCAAGGAUCUCAAACCUGAAGACAGCGGCAGCUACUCGUGUCAGGCAGGAAGUGCAGAGACCUCUGCAACUGUGACAGUGAAAGAUCUCCCUCCAUUCUUUAAGGAAGACUUAAAAAGUUUGGAGGUUGAGGAGGGAGGAUCAGCCUCUCUGUGUUGUGAGCUGUCUAAACCUGGAGUGUCAGUGCAAUGGAAGAAGAACAGGCUGCCACUGAGAGCUAACAGGAAGUACGAGAUGAAACAAGAUGGCUGCCUCCUCCAGCUGCACAUCAAGGAUCUGAAACCUGAAGACAGCGGCAGCUACUUGUGUCAAGUAGAAAAUGCAGAGACCACUGCAACAGUGACAGUGAAAGAGAUUUUACCAUUCUUCAAGGAAGACUUAGAAAGUGUGGAGGUUGAGGAGGAAGGUACAGCUAUACUGUGUUGUGAGCUGUCUAAACCUGGAGUGUCAGUGCAAUGGAAGAAGAACAGGCUGCCACUGAGAGCUAACAGGAAGUACGAGAUGAAACAAGAUGGCUGCCUCCUGCAGCUGCACAUCAAGGAUCUCAAACCUGAAGACAGCGGCAGCUACUCAUGUGAAGCAGGAAGUGCAGAGACCUCUGCUACUGUGACAGUGAAAGAGCUCCCUCCAUUAUUUGAGAAAGACUUAGAAAGUGUUGAAGCUGAGGAGGGCGGAUCAGCCUCUCUCUGUUGUGAGCUGUCUAAACCUGGAGUGGCAGUGCAAUGGAAGAAGAACAGGCUGCCACUGAGAGCUAACAGGAAGUACGAGAUGAAACAAGAUGGCUGCCUCCUGCAGCUGAACAUCAAGGAUGUCAAACCUGAAGACAGCGGCAGCUACUCGUGUGAAGCAGGAAGUGCAGAGACCUCUGCUACUGUGACAGUGAAAGAGCUUCCACCAUUUUUCCAAGAAGAAUUGCAAAGUGUGGAGGUUGAGGAGGGAGGAUCAGCCUCUCUCUGUUGUGAGCUGUCUAAACCUGGAGUGGCAGUGCAAUGGAAGAAGAACAGGCUGCCACUGAGAGCUAACAGGAAGUACGAGAUGAAACAAGAUGGCUGCCUCCUGCAGCUGAACAUCAAGGAUCUCAAACCUGAAGACAGUGGUAGCUACUCAUGUGAAGCAGGAAGUGCAGAUACCUCUGCAACUGUGACAGUGAAAGAGCUCCCUCCAUUCUUUGAGAAAGACUUAGAAAGUGCAGAGGUUGAGGAGGGAGGAUCAGCCUCUCUGUGUUGUGAGCUGUCUAAACCUGGAGUGUCAGUGCAAUGGAAGAAGAACAGGCUGCCACUGAGAGCUAACAGGAAGUACGAGAUGAAACAAGAUGGCUGCCUCCUCCAUCUGAACAUCAAGGAUCUCAAACCUGAAGACAGCGGCAGCUACUCAUGUCAAACAGGAAGUGCAGAGACCACUGCUACUGUGACAGUGAAAGAGCUUCCACCAUUUUUCCAAGAAGAAUUGCAAAGCACAGAGGCUGAGGAGGGAGGAUCAGCCUCUCUCUGUUGUGAGCUGUCUAAACCUGGAGUGUCAGUGCAAUGGAAGAAGAACAGGCUGCCACUGAGAGCUAACAGGAAGUACCAGAUGAAACAAGAUGGCUGCCUCCUGCAGCUGCACAUCCAGGAUCUCAAACCUGAAGACAGCGGCAGCUACUCAUGUGAAGCAGGAAGUGCAGAGACCACUGCAACUGUGACAGUGACAGAUCUCCCACCAUUCUUUGAGAAAGACUUAGAAAGUGUUGAAGCUGAGGAGGAAGGUACAGCUAUACUUUGUUGUGAGCUUUCCAAACUUGGAGUGUCAGUCCAAUGGAAGAAGAACAGGCUGCCACUGAGAGCUAACAGGAAGUAUGAGAUGAAACAAGAUGGCUGCCUCCUUCAGCUGAACAUCAAGGAUGUCAAACCUGAAGACAGCGGCAGCUACUCGUGUCAAACAGGAAGUUCAGAGACCACAGCAACAGUGACAGUGAAAGAACUCCCACCAUUCUUCCAAGAAGAGUUGCAAAGCACAGAGGCUGAGGAGGGAGGAUCAGCCUCUCUGUGUUGUGAGCUGUCUAAACCUGGAGUGUCAGUGCAAUGGAAGAAGAACAGGCUGCCACUGAGAGCUAACAGGAAGUACGAGAUGAAACAAGAUGGCUGCCUCCUGCAGCUGCACAUCAAGGAUCUGAAACCUGAAGACAGCGGCAGCUACUCAUGUGAAGCAGGAAGUGCAGAGACCUCUGCUACUGUGACAGUGACAGAACUCCCACCAUUCUUCCAAGAAGAAUUGCAAAGCACAGAGGUUGAGGAGGGAGGAUCAGCCUCUCUGUGUUGUGAGCUGUCUAAACCUGGAGUGUUAGUGCAAUGGAAGAAGAACAGGCUGCCAUUAAGAGCUAACAGGAAGUACCAGAUUAAACAAGAUGGCUGCCUCCUGCAGCUGCACAUCCAGGAUCUCAAACCUGAAGACAGCGGCAGCUACUCAUGUCAAGCAGGAAGUGCAGAAACCACUGCGUCUGUGACAGUGAAAGCUCCAGAACCAACUCCAUCAAAAGUAGAGCCUCCCACUGUCCUUCCCCGGGCUAAGGGCACUGUUGCCAAACCAACUUCUCCUCCAGACAACCAGAAGCCUGGACUCCCAGAAGCCAAACCUGUUCCUCCAGAGCCCAAAAAGAGAGCUGCUAGGAAAGCAUCUAUCACAAGUUUAGACAAAGAUGUGGAGCCAAUGUUUGACAUUAAACAGGGCGUCCAACCUGCGAGAUUAUUGGAAAAAGUUGUUGGUGCAACACAGAAUGUAACACAACUUGAGAAAGACAAUGAAGUGUACAAGAAGGUCAACGAGGCAAUGAGACAACCGGAGAAGGAUGGUGGGGUUGACAGGGAGGCGGAAGAACCAGCAAUGCCUUUGGAGACGGAGAAGAGUGUAUUCGUGGAGAAGAGACAACCAGGAACGAGUUCAGAGAAAUUAGUUAAGGUUGAACACAAUGUGACUCAGUCAGACACGGUUCUAGGAGACACUGUAUUUGACCAAAAGGAAAAGGAAAAUGAAGUUGAACAGAGCUUAAAACAAGCAGGAAAGCCUUUGGAGAAAACAAGUGAAGUUGAGAGGAAGGUAAGCCAUCCAGAAAAAGUCCUGUGGAAGAACAUUGAGGAUCAAAAACAGCCUGUGAAACCUAUGGAGAAGUCUAUUGGGGAUGAAACACUUAACGUGCUAGAAGAGAAGUCUACAGGACAGAAGAUCAAAGUAGAAGAAGGUGAACAGUUCAAACCACCAGUUAGAUCUAAAGCGAAGGUACCAGUAGGAAAGGAACCACUUGGAUAUGAUACAAAGGAGAGCAUUGUCCAAUCAGUUAAACCUACUGUAAAUGACUCUGAGGACGACCAAAAACAAAGAGAUUUGAAACAAGUGUCCACAGAGGCAGAGCAAGAGAGAAAUGCACUUAAACUAGUGCCUUCUGUAGAUCAGCUGGAGAAACAAUCAUUAGCACAACCAGUAAAGACUUUAGAAAAAGAAGCCCCUCCAAAACCACCCGCAAGGAUUAAAAGCAAAUCAAAGGGGGGAAUGGAAAAGCAAUCAUCAAGGGACACGGAGACGGAUCAAGACGAGCGUACGAUGCCAAGAGUUGUGGUGAAAACAACAGAUGAUGAUCGGCCAAUGAAACAGUCUUGGAAAAAAGAGGUUGAAGAGAAACCAAGAUUGGGGAGGAAACUAUCUUCAGCUACAGACACUGAGAUUGUUGAGAAGCUUAAGCAACCGGUGAAGGAUGCGGAGAAGGAUGCAAACGCCAAGCAACCGAUUAAACAACCAGUAAAACCAAUGAGAAAGGAACCCGAACUGGACCAGGAAAUUAAAAUGGCAGUCGAGCCGAUAAGAAGGCAAGAGGAUCAACAAACGACAAACGUUUCAGAAGGAAUUCCUCUCCUCUACAUAUCUGAAGAUGAAACGUUCUCGGAGGCUUUGACCGAGAUACCAUCGAACCACAGCAUUUGUGUGACCCAUCAACAAAUCUCUUUUGUUGAUGGGUCAACCCAACCUGCUACUCUUCCUCCAAUAACGGUACGCCAGAAAGAACAGCCACCAAAUGAAGAUUCCCAAGAAAUGGACAUCAGUGUUGAGGAUGAACCCCAAAUGCAAGAGGCUGCCGUCAAGAUCCAGGCAGCCUUUAAGGGCUUCAAAACCCGCAGAGACAUGCGACCCGUCUUCAAAGAGGUGUUUAAGAACCAGAGUGCAGAUCUUCAUGAUACAGUCACGCUGGUGUGCGUUGCCGAAGGAAAAACAAGCAUGGCGCGCUGGCUGAGAAACGGACAACAAAUAAUUAAUGAUCAGCGAUGCCGUGUUGAGACCACAGAGGAUGGUGUUUGUACUCUUGUGAUCAAGAACCUGACUCUGAUUGACAGUGGGAUCUACACAUGCGAGGUGGUGAAUAAGUUUGGUAUGACCUCAUACAAUGGAAACCUAACAGUAGUGCCGCCUCAGAAACCUGCUCCGAUGAACCAGAAACUUGUUCACCCUCCGCUUGCCGCCAUAACUCCUCUGCAAGUCGCACUGCCGAAGCCUGAGGCAGAAACACAGACUCAGGAUCUUCCUCAGACUCAGACUCAGGUUCUUCCUCAGACUCAGACUCAGGAUCUUCCUCAGACUCAGGAUCUUCCUCAGACUCAGGAUCUUCCUCAGACUCAGACUCAGGAUCUUCCUCAGACUCAGACUCAGGUUCUUCCUCAUACUCAGACUCAGGAUCUUCCUCAGACUCAAACCGAGGUACCGUCAUCAGGUAUAGAUGCUGAAAACUAUGUAGAAAAUGAGAAUGUCUCUCUGUGGGAGUCCUAUAAUCUGACGGAGCAGGACUCUCAGAGGAGACUACAGGAGAGGAGAGGAUCCUCGCUUAUUGCUGCCAGCUCCAGUGGUCAUGAAAGUAAGAUGAGGGCACCGUCUCCCAAACACCACCGCACUCACACACCUCUCACCAGCACCGUCUCUGGAUCAGAGUCAGAGGGGGAGGAGGACAGACGAGAGACUUUUGAAAUGUACGUGGCUCGAGCUGACUGCAGUCCAGACUUUGGGAAUAAGGAGAGUUUUGUUCUGAAGGAGGGUCAGUUUGUGGAGGUUCUGGACUCUGUUCAUCCCGACCGCUGGCUGGUGCGGACCAAACCCACCAAAACCACCCCCGCCCGACAGGGGUGGGUGUGCCCCGCCUACCUGGAGAAGAAGAGGAAGGAGACCUUCCCUCAGCUGAGAGCCCCUCAGGAGGAUCUCGAUGGCAUCGGGUCGACAGGAGAAGAGUACAGGAGAGCUCUGAGCCAACUGAUCCAGGGCCUGAUUGACGGAGAGGAGGAGUUUGUGAAGGAGAUGAAGAUGUUCACUUCUCACCAGCUUCAGUAUCUGGAGUCCAGCCGACACGUCCCUGUCAACAUCCUGAACCAGAAAGAGAUCAUCUUCAGGAACAUCAGGGACAUCGUGUCUCUGCACGAGAGGUCGAUCCUCCCCCGGCUCAGAGACUGUUCCACAGACGACGACGUGGCGAUGCUUCUCCUGAAGAACGCUGCAGACUUUGAGAAGUAUCUGCACUAUCUGACGGGACAGACUCAAGCUGAGGCCUGCGUCUCUGACAAGACCGUCCAACAGUACUUUAAGGUAUUCACGAAACCUGAGUUGCCAGAAUCUGGUAAAUCUGAUGCUCCUGUGAUGGAUGUCCUCACGUUCCUCCAGAGACCAGUGGAGAGGCUCCAGACGUACCAGGCUCUCCUCAAGGAGUUUAUAAAGAACAAGGCUCGCAGUGGUCAGAGCUGCUGCCUGCUGGAGGACUCCUUCUCUCUGGUGUCCUCUCUGCCCUGGAGGUCAGACAACCUGCAGCAGGUCUCUCUGAUCCAGAACUACCCGGCUCCUCUCAUCGCUCUGGGGGAGCCCGUCAGACAGGGCGUGUUCACGGUGUGGGAGGAGUCUCCAGAGGUGAAGGCCGCCUCCAGAGGACACCAGAGACAAGUGUUCCUCUUUAAAGAGUGCAUCGUGCUGUGUAAACUGAAGAGAGACUCCGGUGUGAGCAGCGACUCCUACACCUUCAAGAACAAGAUGAAGCUGAAUGACGUGGAGGUGAAGGAGGUUCUGGGUGGAGAUGAGAGGUGUUGGGGUCUGUGGCAUGAGCACCGGGGGUCCGUGAGGAGGCUGACGCUGCAGGGCCCCCCCGCGGUGAAGCUCUCCUGGCUGAAGGACCUGAAGGAGCUGCAGCAGAGGGCCAGUCUGCCCGGCAACAGUCCUCCAGUGUUUGAGUCUCUGCUGUCUGACUGCACCUCAAAGAUAGGAGAGACCAUCAAACUGACCUGCAGGGUCUCAGGGUCGCCCAAACCGGAGGUCAGCUGGCUCAAAGACGGCCUCCCUCUGGAGGACGACCCCCGUCACAUCAUCUCCUCUGAGCGCUCUGGCGGCUGCACGCUGGUCCUGGACAGCCUCUCCUCUGAGGACUCGGGGCAGUACGCCUGCUACGCCUCCAGCUCCAUGGGCAGCGCCGGGACUCUGGCCAAGGUGGUGGUGAGGGCUCCACCCAGGUUUGUGUGUCGGCUGGAGAGCGCCUGUCUGAUCGAAGGAGAAGACGUUCAGUUCACCUGCUCCACCCUGACUGCUCCUCUACCACGGAUACGGUGGAUGAAAGAUGGCAGAGAGCUGAGCGAUCAGCAGAAAUACUUGAUCCUGAACGAUGCUCGGAGCGGCAUCUUGUCUCUGACGGUCACCACGGCAACGGAGGAAGAUAUCGGACAGUAUGAGUGUGAGCUGUGUAAUGAGUUUGGCUGUGUGAAGUGUAAAGCCGGUCUCUGCCCAGUUUACGUCCCGCCGACCGACAUUGAGGACGACCGGCCGCAGGACUUACCUCCUAAAGACGCAGACUCUGAGGGUUGGUCCGCUGCCUUUGUGAAGAAAUGGCUGCAGACUGAUUUCAGCCCCACCUCCAUCGCUAAGAUGCUCUUCCCCCCCGAACACCCCGAACAAGCUGAAUGUACUGAAGAGGCUGCCCCCCCCUCGGCCUCUGUGGGUCAGGUGGUGCAGCAGCCGCCUCUGUACCUGGAGGAAGAGGAGGAGAUCUUCAUCUCAGAGCAAAUGCAGGAAAUGAAAGAUGCCCCCCCCUCCAUCCAGGUCCCGGCUGAGGAUCUGAGUGUAGACCCCGGCACACCGGCUACAUUCACUGCCAUCAUCACAGGAAGACCCUCCCCUAAUGUGCAGUGGUACAAGGAUGGAGAGGAGCUUGCAGCUGAUGACAAUGUGCAGAUAGUUCAGCACGGAGCUCGUUUCUCAGUGACCAUCGUGUGUCCGGAGGGCGAGGACGGAGGCUCCUACACCUGCUUCGCCUUCAACGAAUCCGGACAUGCUUCAUGCCAGGCGGAGCUCAACGUGGAGGAAGGCCCUCUGGAGAGUCAGGAGCGAGAGGUGGAGCUCGGGAAGAGGAGGAAGUUAUUCUCCGUCUAUGAUAUCCACAAGGAAAUUGGAAGGGGAACCUUCGGGGUGGUGAAGCGUGUCGUCCACAGACGGACGGGGGAAGUGUUCGCUGCUAAGUUCCUCCCUGUGAGGAGCAGCACUCGGACCAGAGGCUUCCAGGAGAGAGACCUGCUGUCCCGCCUGGCGCACCCCCGAGUCGCCUGCCUGCUCGACUUCUUCUCCACCCGACGCACUCUGGUGCUCAUCACAGAGAUCUGCUGUUCUCAUGGACUUCUGGACCAUCUAUUACUGAAAGGAUCCGUCUCAGAGAAAGAGGUUCAGUGUUACAUCCAGCAAAUCCUGGAAGGAGUCGGUCACAUUCACAGCAUGAACAUCCUGCACCUGGACAUUAAACCUGAUAACAUCCUGAUGGUGUAUCCGCCCAGAGAUGAGAUUAAAAUCUGUGACUUCGGCUUCUGCCAAGAAAUAGACGCGUCCCGACACCAGUACAGCAUGUUCGGGACCCCGGAGUUUGUGGCCCCUGAGGUCGUUCACCAGGAACCAGUCACUGUGGCCACGGAUAUCUGGUCUGUGGGUGUUCUAGCGUAUAUCUGUCUGGUGUGUCGCUGCCCGUUUGUGGGUGAGACGGACCGGGCCACCCUGCUGCGGGUGGGGGAGGGGACGCUGAACUGGGACGCCCCCGAUGUGACCCACAGGAGCCCCGAGGCCCAGAGCUUUCUCCACAUGCUGCUACAGCCAGAUCCAGAGAAGCGACCCUCGGCCUUUGAGUGCUUGAGCCACGAAUGGAUCCAGGACGAACAUGCAGGAGAAGAUACGGAUGAAAUCAACACGAGGACUUUGAAAAUAUUCAUCUCCAAACGGAAAUGGCAGCGUUCCUUGACCUCCAUCGGGUCGGUCCUCACGCUGAGGCUGAUCCCAGAGCUGCUGGACGCUCCGCUCAGAGAGACGGCGGUGACGGUGCCGCGGGAGCCGCAGGAGCACAGCAGCUCCUCCCCGAGCAGCGGGUCCUCCUCCGAGUACGAUGAGGCCGACUCCUGGGACUGUUUCCAGCACUACAGCCCCACGGAGGAGGAGGAGGAGGAGGAAGAGGAGGAGACCGAGGAGGAGUACGAUCCUUUCCCAGAGCGAGAGCAAAUCCCAGAGUCUUAUCCCAAACUCCACCUGGAUGAGGAGGAGGAGAUGACCUUAGGGGAGGAGGAGGAGGAGGAGGAGGAGGAUGUGGAGUUGUUAGGAAGGAGGAGUGUUUUAGAAAGGAGUGACAGCAGUCAGUCCCUCUACCUGUCCGAUGGAGAGGAAGGGUCAGGCAGUGAUGGGGGUCGAAUCCCUCGUGGCAGCGUCAUCCGAAGCACCUUCCACAGCACCUCCCAUCAGCUGUCUCCCAUGUCCGCCAGACACAUGACGCUACGGGACAAAUUCCAGGCCAAGAAGCAGGAGAGGGGCCGCAAGCCUCUCCGGAGAAGCCUGUCCGGACGCCUGAACGAGCCUCUCAUCGAGUACGUGGAGGACGACCCGGAGACAAACCGUGGGCAGAGACGGGGGUCCGUGCAGCCCACCAUGCAGAAGUCCUGCUCCUUUGAUAGCGGGGUUAGCCUCCCCCACGCUAACGCCCCCCCUCACAGGAGGAGCAGGUCUCUGGACGAGUAUUCCCGAAGAUCUCCGAGCUCACCAAAGCCGGAUGAGGAGGAAGAAGGGUCUCAAAGUCUGAAGGAGGAUUUGGAGGGGGAUUUGACCGAUGAUGAAGCCACUGGUAGGAACUUGUUGGCGAUCCCGAGUCCUCAACGACCCCCGAGAAGACGAGGCUCCAUCGCUCCGGUACAAAGUGGGUCUUCUGUUCCCUUAAGCUUCGUCGCUGGGAACAGAAGGAGGCUGGAUCCGGAUCAGCUACCCCGGGAAACCUUCGCCGGUUCCCAAGGGUCUCUGGCCGAAUCGUCUCUUCUGGAGCACGGUGGCUCUGAGUCCUCAAGUCGACUUGGCUCCUAUGAAGAGCUCAGCCAUGGUCUUAUGAGAGGAGGGAGAUGCAGAUCUGGGGAAAGUGAAGGGUACGACGAUCAAGGGGAGCCUCUGAUCCCCCCGUCGCCAUCUUCCUUCCAGGAGGUUAAACCCAGGAGUUCGUUCCCUCAAGCGCCACCACGAAAUCGCACCCGAUCCAACCCUAAUUUAUGUGGUCAAAUCCCAGCGAGUCCCAGUCCCAGCCUCUCGUCUCUUCAGGCUCCAGAGAGGCCCCCCAGAUCCAGAGACAAGAAAGAAAGUGGGGGUCUCCAGAGACAUGCAUCUGAUACAGCUCUGGAGCUCAGACCCCCGACGGGAAAGUCGCCCAAACUGGGUCUGCUGAAGAUCUUCCGCAGGCAGUCCUGGACCGGACACUCGUACUCUCCGCUGGACAACCAGGCGUUAGGACCCACGCUGGGGGAGAUCAUGAAGCCCGACACCCCCACCAUGUCUCUGAGGAAGAAGAUGAGAGCGUCAGCCUCCAGUCUGACCAAACUGUUCACCAGGUCUAAGGAGGAUGUGAGCAAAGGAGGGCCAAUAGUGAAAGGCUCAGCUCCGACCCCUCCUGAGAGGAAGCGCAGCUCUGGGCUGGAGAGUCCAAAAAACAGAGCCUCCAAACUCCUGCCUUCUUUUAAAAUACCUGCUUUUAAAAAGAACAAAGAUCUGCUGGUUCGUCCAAACAAAGCUGAAGUUUUCCAGUUAGACGGAGGUGGCGUCCUGCUGGGCUGGAAACCAGUUCAGACCAGUGACCCCGUCACCUACUGUGUGCAGUACUGCACAGAGGGGCGGGAGUGGACGGUGCUGUCGGAGGAGGUGACGGAGAGCUGCCUGGUGGUGAAGGAUUUACCGAGAGGAGCCUCCUAUGUGUUCAGAGUCGGCUGCAUCACAAAGACCGGAGCCGGACCCUUCAGUGACGCCUCAGCUCCCGUCGUCAUGUCAACGCACCCUGAAGAGAUUCACAUUCCUCUCAUCCAGACGGAGACUCUGGGGUCAAAGGUCACCGGGUCAGAACGACAGACGACACACAAGAACUACAACUUCCUGUCUGAGAUCAACAGGGGGCGUUUCAGCGUCCUCUCCCUCUGCAGAGACGUGGAGACCAGCCAGGUGUUCGUGGCUAAGGUCACUCCGUACCAGGCGGAGCAGCGUCUGCUGGUGCUGAGGGAGUACCAGCUGCUGAGGAGACUGCACCACCCCCACCUGCUGCAGCUGCACAGCGCCUUCCUCACCCCCCGGACCCUGGUGCUGGUGCAGGAGCUCUGCCCCGGCAAGGAGCUGCUCUACAGCCUGGCUGCCAGAGAUCAGUACUCAGAGACCCAGGUGGUCGAGCUGCUCCUCCAGAUCCUGAGUGCGGUGGAUUACCUUCACAGCCGCCGCGUGGUGCACCUCGACCUGAAGUCUGACAACAUGCUGGUGGACGACUGCAACCACCUGAAGGUCGUGGACCUGGGCUCCGCUCUGUCCUUCACCCCCGGGCAGCCUCUCACCGUGGAGCACAUCCACGGACACUCCGACACUCCUGAGAUCCUGGAGGGUCAGGGAGUCGGACCUGAAACUGACGUCUGGGCUGUGGGAGUUCUGUCCUUCAUC